GAGUAGGUCCACUUCGCGGGAACCACUGUAAACAAACAUGGCGGCGCCCAUGACUCCGUAUCUUUUCGCGGCUCUUUGCGGCCGCACUGGGCAGAGACGACCUAGAAACAGGGAAGAUGCCUUCGAUCUGCCGGAGGAGGAUUUCCGCCGCCAUUUCAGGAUGAGUAAGGCGCUGGUGCGUAGGCUGUGUGCUGAUCUUGAGGGCGAAAUCGGGACGAAGGGGCCGACCGGACUGCCGACAGAAGCGAAAGUUCUCUGUGCGCUUCGGUUUUUUGCGACCGGAAGCUUUCAGACUUCUGUCGGCAGUGAGGUGACCAUCCAACUCUCGCAAUCCUCAAUGAGCCGCUGCAUCAGCGCAGUAGCACUAGCUAUAACUCGCGUAGGCAAGCAAAGAGGGUGGGUAAUCUUUCCGUCCACGCCAGCGAAAAAGCAGCAGGCAGUGGCAGAAUUUUUGCACCGCGGCCGAAUUCCUGGUGUUGUUGGCUGCAUCGAUGGAACCCUCGUUGCCAUCAGUCAGCCCAAAGGCCUCAGCCCCGGUGAAACGCAGGCAUUCAUGACCAGAAAGGGCUACUACGCCCUAAACACGAUGUUGUUACUAAAAUUAUGCUCAUAUGUUCCAAUAGUGUGCUGCUUUUAUGGAAAUUUAAGAGUGCAUUACAGCCAUGCCUUUUUUUUUCUACCCAUUAGUUUGUCUCCAGCAUGUGUCAAUGUUUACACUACCUUUGUAUAUUUGCAGGUCUCAGAUUCAAAACUGAGAAUCCUCGCUAUUGAUCCGCGGCGACCAGGAUGCACUCACGACGCCUUUUGCUGGAAACACUCAUUCCUGCGGAGGAGAAUUGCCGAACAAGGGCUACUUCGUCCUGGGGAGUUUCUGCUUGGUGACAGUGGCUACCCACUUGAGCCCUGGCUGAUGACCCCUGUGCCUGGCCAUCCAAGCCUCCAGACACCAGAGGGGGCUUACAAUCAUGCACACUCUUCAAUGAGGACAGCUGUGGAGCGCUGCAUUGGGGUACUGAAAAGCAGAUUUCGGUGCCUUCAAAGGUAUCGAACUCUGCAUUACAGCCCCAAGCGUUCAGCUACCAUUAUUGCAGCAUGUGCAGCGCUCCACAACCUGUGCCUUGAAGAAGGUGAUCCUUUUGACGGCUCGUGUAGCAGUGACGACAACAGCGACAGCGAAGAUAGUGAGCAGGAGGAUGACACUGCUGCACAAAAUGCACCGCCAACUUCCACUCGCUCCACACUAACGAAAGCUAAGGCAGUGCGGUGCCGCAUUGUACAUUUCUUCUCCCUACCACGCCUUCAGCACACUGCUUAUUUGAGGAGAGUGCGUCAGCGUGUGAUAAGGCAGCUCGCCAGGCAGAGACAACACACCUCACAGUGAUGCAUGCACUACGGUGACUCAGAUCUGUACUCACACGCAAAAGUAGUGAUUUUUGGAAGGCUUAUGCAAUGUGUUUGCAGCUGGUAAGGAAAUAGUAAAGAAGGCAGGCCGUUCAAUUUCGAUAUCCUGUGAUAUGUCAUGAUAAACGAUAUCAGGUGGCUUUCCACUACACUAUAGCAUAUAUGGUUUGGUUCAGAUUGGUGGGUUGAACUUCCCCAAACAAUUCAGUCUUUGAGAGAUGCCAUACUGAAGGGCUCCACUAAAUGUUUUUUAACGUGCACUGACAUCUCGUGCAGUGCAUGGACCUGAAAUAUUCCGCUUCCAUCGAAAUGCGAUCUUUGUGGGCACAUUCAAACCACGCCUUCCACAUUAGCUGCCGCGAACCGUAACCACUGAGCCUCCGCAGUGGUGAUAAUUUAUAUGGAAUGCAUAUAAUUGAAUACCAUAUUUGUAAGGUGCUGUUGUCUUGCUGUUAGCUCUUUUAUUUAUUUUCAUUCCCUCAUUUUCUUUACGAAGCAGUCAAGGUGACAUGAGCUUUUCCCAAGGAUGUCCAUCUUAUGCAUAUGUUGUCGUGUGAGAGUAUCGGCAAUGUUCUGUUCAGUAACAAUUUAUACUGCACUUAUAUUGCAAUUCGUAUUGUUGUCUUUUUUAUUUGUUUAGAUCUUUGAGUGCUUAUUACUGUUGUAUUUUUCCAUUUUUAAUUUUUAUCCUUGAGUGUGGAACACAGUUUCAUCUGUACCGUGCUGUUUCCCCUGUGCACAUGUUGUAUGGGGCCCUGAACUUAGUCAGGUGCAAGGCUGCACCUUUUGUUUGGGGUCCUUUAGUUUCUAUAUAAGGAAACAGAAUAAACUUCAACAACUUCAACCUCAACUUUCAGCACUAUGACUGCUGUUUCUGGUCCUGUUUUCCUUUUGCAUAUGAGUUACAUUGUAGUAAUAGCUGCUGUUAGAAGACCUAACACAACUGCCUAGUUUGGUAUGAAUAACUGACACUGAAAAUAAAAUCUUGCUUGCGGCUA